CAGAUACCGUAUAGUUCAUUAACGAGGGAGCAGUCGGUCGAAAAGUAUCUCACACAGGAGUGAGAAACUCAACACCGAAUACCGACUUUACUGAUGACCAAAUUAAUUAUUUCCGGACCAGAAUUUGUUUAGACGAGAAACACACACAUUGCGCUCUCUGUUGGAAUCCUUGGAACUUUUAUAUUGCCCGUUCGAGGUUCGACAAUGAGUUUCGUGGCUCAAGAUAAUGUAUUUCUGUCUGCUUUGCAGCCCAAUUCCGCCGUCAGCACUUACGCGAUCCCGUCCGAGAUCCAGCUCGGGGGUAAUGGGGGCACCCUGUCGGAUGAGAUGACCCGGGCCAAGCGGGUCCAGCAGCAGGUUGCAAUGCGGCUCGCCGAGAAAACCUCGACGCUUCCCCGACAGAACGGCUCGGCCUCACACUACACCUCCUCAGAAUACGGCGGUUCUUCAACGAUGAAGUACCAGACCUUCAACCCAGGGUUCAGCUCCAAGUCCUACGUCUACACAUCCUCCAGACCUGUCAUGGCACCCAGGGUGGCUCAGUACUCUGGCGGUUUCUCCUCCCGCUCUGCGGUGGAUCUGAGUGGUGGUCAGAGAGUCGCAAUGGGGAGUGGAGGAGGAGGAGGAGGAGGAGGAGGAGGUGGAGGAGGAGGAGGAGCAUACCAGUACCACGAUAACAUGAGUCUGAGCGGGGGCUACCAGGGAGAAGGGGGAUACCAGGGAGGAGGGGGAUACCAGGGAGAAGGGGGCUACCAGGGAGGAGGGGGAUACCAGGGAGGAGGGGGAUACCAGGGAGGAGGGGGAUACCAGGGAGGAGGGGGAUACCAGGGAGAAGGGGGGCUACCAGGGAGGAGGGGGCUACCAGGGAGGAGGGGGCUACCAGGGAGGAGGGGGAUACCAGGGAGAAGGGGGCUACCAGGGAGGAGGGGGGCUACCAGGGAGGAGGGGGCUACCAGGGAGGAGGGGGAUACCAGGGAGAAGGGGGCUACCAGGGAGGAGGGGGAUACCAGGGAGAAGGGGGCUACCAGGGAGGAGGGGGCUACCAGGUACCAUGUUGGAGGAGGAGGGGCCAUGAGGCAACAGAUGACCCGGGCGAUGAGCUGUGCUCCCGGCCCAGACCUAGAGACCAUGUCCCUGCGCUCCGUGAGGCUCCAGAACCUGCCCGCUCAGCCGUCCCCAGUGGCAGCCUGGGUGGCUGCGGACUGCAGUGAUGGGGGCAGCCUGGUCUCGGACCGCGACGCCACCUUCAGGCGCCAGCAGUCUGUCUACAGCACCGUCAAUGGAGGAGCCUACAGCUCAGGGACCCAGAUGAGACAGGGAGGAGAGGAUAUGAUGACGGUACAGCAGCAGCAUUCCUUUAAAGGGCCAGCAUACCGCACCAUCAGCAGAAUCAACAACAGGAACAACAAGAUGUCCAUGGGCUCCAUGUCCGGGGCUUCCACCCUCCCCUCAGGGGGAAGCAGCUACGGCGGUGGAGGGGGAGGCUUCGUCAUGUCCAGGGCUUCCACCCUCCACUCUGGGGGGAGCAACUACGGCGGUGGAGGGGGAGGGUUCAUGAUGGGCCAGAUGUCGUCUGGGUCUCAGGGAAAUCUGAUGAUAAUGCAACAGCAGAGACAGGCCACUCUGCCCAGGACGAUGUCCGUCAAGAGCAUGCACAGUGUCGGGAAGGGCAUGGAUAUCUACGACAGACAGAUGGACAUGACUGGCAGCAUGGGCAACCUCAGCGGGAUCAAUAGCCUGGACAUGCCUACGGCGGUGAGGUACCUGAUUGAGGGGGAUGCUGACCUGCAGGUUCUGGGAGCAGCUUAUAUCCAACACGAGUGUUACAACAACACUGAGGCCAAGAACGAGAUACACCGCUAUAAGGGCAUCCCAGAGCUGGUGAGGCUGUUCAACAGUGAGAACCAGGAGGUGGCUCGCUACGCCACGGGCGCCACCAGGAACCUCAUCUACGAGAACAUGGACAACAAGAUGGCCCUCAUCGAGGCGGGCGGGAUCCCACAACUCAUAGAGGCUCUGAAGGAGAAUGACGACGAGCUACGGAAGAACAUCACAGGUAUUCUGUGGAACCUGUCAUCCAAAGACAACCUGAAGGAGAAACUAGCCAAGGAGACGCUAGCUGAGCUCACAGAGAAGAUCCUGAUCCCACUGUCAGGCAGCGGAGACUCUGAGGUCAUCCAGCAGAGCCCCUCCGAGGUUGACAUCUUCUACAAUACCACCGGAUGUCUCAGGAACCUGAGCUCAGUGAACGAGAAGACCAGACAGAAGAUGCGGGAGACCAACGGUCUGGUCGAUGCCCUGGUAAGAUACAUCCAGGCCUCGCUACAGGACGGCAAGGUGGAGGAAAAGGGAGUGGAGAACUCGGUGUGUGUCCUGAGGAACCUCUCCUAUCAGCUGUACAGUGAGAUCCCGCCCUCGGCCCUGCUACGUCUGGAAGGACCAACCAGAGACCAGGACACCAGCAGGAGUGAAGCUAUUGGUUGCUUCACCCCUCAGAGCAAGAAAGUAAAAAAUAAGAUGAACCAGGACCUGGUUACGUUCACGGAGGUGGCCCGCGUACCCAAGGGUCUGGAGUGGCUGUGGCACCCCCAGGUGGUGGGGCUGUAUAACCGCGUGCUGCAGGCCUGUGACAUUAACUCCACCACCCGCGAGGCUGCAGCCGGGGCCCUGCAGAACAUCACAGCUGGAGACAAGAGAUGGGCCGGGGUGCUGAGUCGUGUGGCUCUGGAGCAAGAGAGAAUGCUUCCUGUGAUGUUGGACAAACUGAGGACCAAUCGUGACCAGGAGCUGAGAUCCCUCACCGGCUUCCUCAGAAACCUGUCACGUCACGCCAAGGACAAGAACGCCAUGGCAAACAAGGCAGUGAACAACCUGGUGGCCAAGCUGCCCACUGACGGCCAGCAGAAGGAGCCGUCCAGCGACGUGGUAGUCAACAUCUGUGGAGCGUUGAACAACCUGGUGACCUGCAGCUCCGUCGCAGCCCGGGACAUCACUUUCUUUGACGGGCUGCAAAAACUGGUGGCCAUCAAGAACUCCCACGACAGCAGCCCUGGGAAGCUGAAAGCAGCCAAAGCAGCAGCCACAGUCCUCUGCAACAUGUUCCAGUACAAGAAGCUGCACAAGGACUACAAACAGAAAGGGUUCACACGACCAGACUUUGCAGACGUGACAAUCUAAAAAAGGAACAGAUGCAAUGUCUCUCGCGCCUUCUGCCAAGUGGCUGGAAACGUAUGUGAACACUUAAGUGGUCAAAGACUGGUCUGUACAACUGAAAACAUUGCUUCUUGGACUACUUCCUACUUAUGGAGUUAGAUGAACUACACCACAGUGCAAGUGACAACAGAGAUGGAACCUGUAUAUUUUAAUAUAAUAUGUAUUCAAUGCUGUAGCUUUGAAUGCUGUAGCUUUGAAUGCUGUAUGUUUGAAUGCUGUAUGUACUAUAUGGUGGAAUCAGGGCCUUUUUUUCUCAAUGCAACAAAUCAGUCUGCUGUAACCAAUAAUGCUAUGACUUGUUUCUCCUCCCUACCCAGCGUUGUUUGGAACAAACCCAAAGAUUUAAGGCCCCAUUUUGUUAACCUGGUCCCAGAUCAGUUUGUGCUGUAUAGCCAACUCUUAUGGUCAUUGUCACAAUACAACACAAAACUGAUCUGGGACCAGGCUAGUAUUUUGUAGUAGGAUGGUUUGCUAUCAAUGGUGCUUUUACUUUUGCUGAAUGGUUGAAUUAUUGAUGUUGUUCAUUGUGUUUUUUGUAUUAGUUUUUGUGUUGUCUGGGGUUUAUUUCUCAGACAAAACCAGAGUAUCACUGAAAGUUAUAAUGAGUUAUAAAUUAAAACGGAAUGUAUGUUUUUAUGGAUGUGUGGAAAAACUGAACUACUGACACCUGAACUGAACUACUGACACCUGAACUGAACUACCGGCACCUGAACUGAACUACCGACACCUGAACUGAACUACUGACACCUGAACUGAACUACCGACACCUGAACUGAACUACCGACACCUGAACUGAACUACAGACACCUGAACUGAACUACUGACACCUGAACUGAACUACCGGCACCUGAACUGAACUACCGACACCUGAACGGAACUACUGACACCUGAACUGAACUACCGACACCUGAACUGAACUACCGGCACCUGAACUGAACUACCGACACCUGAACGGAACUACUGACACCUGAACUGAACUACCGACACCUGAACUGAACUACUGACACCUGAACUGAACUACUGACACCUGAACUGAACUACCGACACCUGAACUGAACUACCGGCACCUAAACUGAACUACCGGCACCUGAACUGAACUACCGACACCUGAACUGAACUACUGACACCUGAACUGAACUACUGACACCUGAACUGAACUACCGACACCUGAACUGAACUACCGGCACCUGAACUGAACUACCGGCACCUGAACUGAACUACCGGCACCUGAACUGAACUACCGGCACCUGAACUGAACUACCGGCACCUGAACUGAACUACCGGCACCUGAACUGAACUACCGGCACCUGAACUGAACUACCGGCACCUGAACUGAACUACCGGCACCUGAACUGAACUACCGGCACCUGAACUGAACUACCGACACCAGAACUGAACUACCGACACCUGAACUGAACUACCGACACCUGAACUGAACUACCGACACCUGAACUGAACUACCGACACCUGAACUGAACUACCGACACCUGAACUGAACUACCGACACCUGAACUGAACUACCGACACCUGCACUGAACUACCGGCACCUGAACUGAACUACCGACACCUGAACUGAACAACUGACACCUGAACUGAAAGCUUUACACUUGUUUUUAGAUCAGAGAGAAGACAAAGAUCAUUAGACUAUGAGACCACUCUUAUCUCCAUCGACCAUAUGAAAGAAAUUAUACUAACUAAUUUUUACAUUGUGCUUUUUAACUGUUAACUGCAGAUGUGUGUCGAAUAAAUCUGGAUGAUUUGUAACUAAUAAAGCUAAAAGUCAAUAAA